AUGUUCUCUAGAGAAGGUGUUCAUGAGGUGCUAUCCAUCUCCAAAGCCGCUGUCAACGUGGCAAAAUCUUCUCUUAAUAUUGCACAAAACGAAGCUACAAAUUUUUAUUGGAGCUCAUCGCUAACUAAAAAUUGUCGUAUUCAUGAUGAAAUGUAUCAAGAAUUGAAUACAAAAGCUCAAGAAUUAAGAUCAACUAAUGUUGCUGGUGCUGCUGGAUCUGGUCAUUCAACUCACUCUUCAUUCCAUCAUCCUUCAUCUCCAGUUUUAAACGAUUCUAAAAGACCAAACAUUAAUGAUUCAUCAAUCAUAGGAUCAAAUAAAAGAGAAUAUUCAACAAAAGCAAUCAAACCAACAAUCAUGUCUGAAGUUGAAUUGAAAACUACUCAAGAACCUGAAGAAAGAUCUACUCCACAAAAAGCUGCUUCUUCAAGAGUUGUUGAUGAAUCUCGUUAUGCUAAAAUCCCAACUUCCAAACUUCAAAGAUUAUUCCAUUAUGGUCAUUUAGCUACAAGUAUGGGGUUUAAUGCUGCUUCUGAUGGUCUUCGAGCUGUUGCAAGUGGUGAAAAGGCUGAUUUUAGAAAAUUAACUCUUUCUUCUAAAAAUGUUUCAAUUUUAGGUGAUAAAUUAAGAAAAAUGAGAGGUGCUGCUUUAAAAGUUGGUCAAAUGAUGUCAAUUCAAGAUGAAUCUUUUUUACCAAGAGAAAUUUCUGAUUUAUUGAAAAAUGUUCAAAAUCAAGGUUAUUUUAUGCCUCCAAGACAAUUAGAUCGUCUUUUAAGAAUUAAUUUAGGUGAAGGUUGGGAAGAAAAAAAUUUCCAAUUUUUCGAUAAAGUUCCAAUUGCUUCAGCUUCAAUUUCCCAAGUUCAUAAAGCUAUUUUAAAAAAUGGUCAAGAAGUUGCUGUUAAAGUUCAAUAUCCAGGUGUUAAAGAUUCUAUUGAUUCUGAUAUGGAUAAUUUAUUAAUGUUUAUGACUGCUUCAAGAUUAUUACCAAGAGGUAUGUUUCCUGAAAAAUCUAUUGCAAAUGCAAGAACUGAAUUAAAAUGGGAAUGUGAUUUUAAUAGAGAAGCUGCAAACAUCAAGAAAUUUAGUGAAUUAUUACAAGAUAAUGAUACUUUCCAUGUUCCAAAAGUUUAUGAUCAUUUAAGUAAUGAAAAUGUUAUUACAAUGGAUUGGUUAGAAGGUGUUGAAGUUUGUCGUGGUGAUUGGGAUCAACCAACAAAAGAUUGGAUUGCAACAAAUGUUUUAAAAUUAUGUUUACAAGAAAUUGCUCCUUUUAAAUUUAUGCAAACUGAUCCAAAUUGGGCAAAUUUCUUAUAUAAUUCUAAAACUAAAAAAAUUGAAUUAUUAGAUUUUGGUGCUGCAAGAGCUUAUGAUUCAAAAUUUAUUAGUGAUUAUGUUUCAUGUUUAAAAGCUGCUGUUAAACAAGAUCGUGAUCAAGUUAAAUUAUAUUCUCAUAAACUGGGUUAUUUAACAGGUUUAGAAUCUGAUGAAAUGAUUAAUGCUCAUGUUGAUUCUGUUGUUGUCUUGGGUGAACCAUUUUGUAAAGAUGGUUUAUAUGAUUUUGCUCAGCAAGAUGUUACAACAAGAGUUAAAGCCAAAAUGGGAUUAAUGUUGAAAGAAAGAUUAACUCCACCACCUGAAGAAACUUAUUCUUUACAUAGAAAAUUUAGUGGUAUUUUCCUUUUAUGUACUAGAUUAAAGGCAAAAGUUCCAUGUAAAGAAUUAUUUGAUAAAUUUUUCCAUUUAUAA